AUGCCACCCACCAGCAGCUUCGGCUUCGGCCCUAGUGCUGGCCCCUCGGACACGAAUAUCGCCUCCUUGCAGUCGUCCACCGUAACCGCAUUGCUGAUCCUGUACACGGUCAUUUAUGUACUGCCUCUUUACGUCUCACCGUCAAGCCGUCCCUCACCCACCCUGUCGAGGGACGAUCAGCGCGUCAUCCGCGCCCGCAUCACUUCGGUGCUCUUCUCUACCGUAAUAUGCUCCUCCUUGACGUACAUCGUUCUAGCUCGGCUCCCUGAUGGUGCCUUGCCCAUCAGUCCCCUCCAUGCAAUGGGCUACUGGCCUAUUGGAUUCAUCGAAUCUAGCACUUGCCUAUUGCUUACUGCUACUCUCUUCGCUGGUCCGCUCUACGAAGCCCUUCUCAUGGAUGGCCUUUGGGAAGAUUGGAAAACUUUGAAGCCUUUGGUCCAUGUAUGGACGCAAUGGACAACCUGGCGGAACAUUGUCAUGGGGCCUCUGACUGAGGAGAUGCUCUUCCGAUCCGCCUCAGUCCCACUCCUUUUGUGCGCUCGCAUGUCACUGACCCAGACUAUAUUUCUGUCUCCGCUCAUUUUUGGUCUCGCACAUGUUCACCAUUUCUACGAGUUCCGCCUGACUCACCCUAGAGUGCCUCUCAUCGCCGCCCUUGCUCGCUCGUUACUCCAGUUCACUUACACGUCCAUGUUUGGCAGCUACGCCACGUUUUUAUUCCUGCGGUCAGGCAGCUUGCUUUCAAUUGUGCUGGUACAUGCGUUCUGCAAUUCUAUGGGCCUCCCACGUUUCUGGGGAUCUGUUGAGCCCUAUUGGCACGCUCAUGGACACUACUCGCAGGCUGAUGGCCGAAAGUGGACCAUUCUCUACUAUGUACUUUUGUUUUUGGGGGCCAUAUCUUGGUGGAAAGGCCUCCUGCCCUUGACAGAAACCUCCGCGACUUUAGUACCGGGUUUGUUUUGA